AAAUAAUAUAUAAAGUUUGGAUGAACUCACUCUACAAUAUUGAAACACAAAUAUCUGUACUUAUAACUAGCAACUUCACUGUACUGUUCAUGCGCAACAUUCAUCCGCAUGCAACAUCCAAACGUGACAUAACACGGAAAUCGGUUCACCGAGUAAAGAUUGUAACUGGCGCCUCCAUCGCCGGCAGCAGCACAGUGGCGUUUAAUUCGACCGAUAAACGUGAACGGGCAAACAUCGAGCCAGUGCGCGGCAUGUUUCAAUCACGAGAAUCGGUCGCUCGAGUUCAAUAGGAGGAAAGUUUAUUUACGACUUCGCGCGUAACCUAAACUGUGAUCGGCAUCUGACGCUGGCGAGGAAUCAGUGAGUGUGUGGCCAUUGCACCGAAAUCGCAACGGAUGCAAUCUGAGUGUUGAUUUCUCAGUGAUCUUUAUUUAUGUGAAGUGCAUUCCACUUGGCAAGUGUAAAAUUUUACGGCCGAAAAGGGAGCGCUUUAGUGCGUUCCUUGAGUGAUGGUAAAAAUUAAAGUGGAUAAGUGAAUCAAAAAAAUUCUUCGAUGUGGAGUCUUUUGAUGAUGGUCUAGUAAAUUCGCGUAAGGUGAAGUGUGGUGGUAAGAGAGCAAUUUAAAUUACAGUCAGUUUGAAAGUGCCGAAAGCAGUGUUAAGUGUUCAGAAGUUUGCAUCCAGUUAGAUGCAUUAGAGAAUCCUUCGGAUGAGAUUCUCUCAAUCAAUGGUUCCAAUCUCAGCCAAAUGUGGAGUGUGUGUGAAUGAUGAGUGUUUAAAAAAUGUGAGAAAAAUGUGUUAUUUAAAAAAAAUGAAUGUGAGUGAAUAAAAGCCGGAACAAGCUUGUAAUAUUAACCAGAUACGUUAAGUUACACCCCACGGGGCUUCAAUUCGGUUGGACAUCAUCAUUGGGAGUAUAACUGCAGCCGAAAAUGUUUCUGUGUGAAAAGUAAUUCGCUCAAUUAUCGAUAAUCCACCGUGCGGAAGACAGCAAUUAAGUGAUUCACAUCCUCCACCGCAACAGCAGAUGGUGUUUAAGUGAAAUGAUGAAAAAUCAAUUCUCACACACACAUGCAGACAAGGUGCUGAUUAAAACCAUCCAUUAAACACAGCGCUGAACAAGUGGGCAGCGUACGAAUGGGGCAGAUUACCUGCAGAACCCAUCAAUCAUAUCCGACCCGGAUGCAAGUGGUGUGAGUGUAACGUGUAACCGUCCCCCCACCGGCGAAGUAACGGCAAAUCAAAGCCAGGCCCCAGUAACACGGGGCAGUUAAAACAUGCUAGACUUUCCCAACGGGACCACCACCACCAGUUCCGUCGGUGUGAUGAAUUUCCUCAGCUCCAGUGCAGCCUUUCUCGAGGAGCUGGGUGCGGCCAACGGUGGUGGAUUGUUGCUAGCGGCUGGGAAUUCUUCACCUGUCGGUGGAAACGUCUCCACACUGGGCAACUACUCUACGGUGAUUAAUUCCUCCUCGUCACCCGCGACUAUGCUUGCGUUAGGUAGUGCAAACGGUUCGGUUGCACCUCUGCUCACUACGGCUCUGCUAAACGUGAACGGGACAGGGUUGAAGUUUCCCGAUGGUAGCAAUCUGACACACUCCUUUCCCAACUUUGUCCACAAGGAGUUCAUAUUCGAUCGAACGGACGUGCGGGUCAUAUUCAUAACGCUCUACUCGCUGGUGUUUUGUUGCUGCUUUUUCGGAAAUCUGCUCGUGAUUCUAGUGGUGACGCUCUCCAGAAGGUUACGUUCAAUAACGAAUUUCUUCCUCGCGAACCUAGCCGUAGCCGACCUAUGCGUGGGGGUGUUCUGUGUGAUGCAGAACCUUACUAUCUACUUGAUCGAAAGUUGGGUGUUUGGAGACUUUCUCUGCAAGAUGUACCAGUUCGUACAUUCGCUCAGCUACACCGCCUCGAUAUUCAUCCUGGUCGUCAUCUGUAUGGAGCGCUACUUUGCCAUCAUUCAUCCGAUCACGUGCAAGCAGAUCCUCACAUCACGCCGGCUAAGGCUGGUCAUCGUGGCCGUUUGGAUAACGUCCGCCGUCUAUUCCAUCCCCAAGUUUAUCUUCGUACGCACCAUCACGAACAACCUCGGCGAUGACCAGCUGGAAACGAUCUGUAUCGUCAACCGGAAAAUGUUCAACUCCGAGCUGUUCGACAUCAUCAACUUUGCUCUGCUGUACCUACUUCCGCUUCUAGUUAUGACGGUGCUGUACAGCCGAAUAGCGAUAGCACUGUGGAAAAGCUCACGAGGGCUGGAGCGUCACAUUGCGCUGCAAAAUACAACCUCGUCCAGCUACUCGAGCAAUUUCCACCGGAAGCCAAGUAGCAAGUACGACAAGCGUACCACAGGUGUUACCGAAAGCCAGGUAUCGGUAGAGUCGGAUAAGGUGGUGGUGACUACCUGGCCAGCACAGAACAGCUUCCACCAGCGGCACGGUACGCAGCUGACGCAGGUGUCCCACUCGUCCAACAACGUGCUGCGUGCGCGCCGCGGCGUUAUUCGCAUGCUAAUGGUAGUGGUGCUCACCUUUGCCCUCUGUAACCUACCAUUUCAUGCACGGAAAAUGUGGCAAUACUGGUCCACCGACUACAAGGGUGACUCCAACUUUAAUGCACUGUUUACCCCUCUCACCUUUCUGGUGACGUACUUUAACUCUGGUGUCAAUCCACUCUUGUACGCCUUCUUAAGCCGCAACUUUCGUAAAGGCAUGCGCGAAUUGUUGUUGUGUUCCUUCAAGAAGAACAAAAACAAAUCGCUCAACCAGCGUAUCCCGCUACACAAUCAUUCCUUACCGACCGAUUCGACCCAUGUAGGAUUUCCCCAAUGAUGCCACGACCUGAUCGACCGCGGGUGCUGCGGUCGGUGCGUCGGCAGCGGCAGGGAUGCCACAAGGGGCAGCCGCCGCCGCCGAGUGCACCACUAAUGCACCCGGCUUCACUGGCCCACGGUCCCGAGUGCACCGUUUCCGCCAGCAUCCGCUUUUCCGGCGCAAUGAGCUACUGUUCCGGCGAACGAACGAGCUCACCAGCAAUGGCGAGGACGAGGAUGAGGACGACGAAGAUGAUCUGAAUGAACCGGCCACUACCAUGUCGACCACCACCGUGGCCCCACCACUUACUGUAAGUGUCAUCGAAACGGGAAGUUUGCGGAAUGGGACGUAAGCGUUACGUCACGGACUGCGUACGAAACAGUAUUGUAUGGGAUAUAAGUUUUAUACGUUUAUUCGACAUCGAUACUAAGGUGCUCAAAACGUUGCGUACAACGAAACUUUAGCCAUAGAAGAAUUCGGAGCACCGGAGAGGAUGGAUUAUCUCAUUAACAGAAAAGCAUCGGAUGAAUGUCAAUCAAUGAAAAUGGCACGUGGAUAAUCCAGUUCAAUUCACACCACAUUGCAAAGGAUGCCAAUUUGUUUGUAUCGCACGCCGAAACUUUUGGCCCAUUAAUGAAUGUGGCCGUGUGACUGAUGAUAUGUGUGUGUGUAUGUGUAUUCAAUCGGAAACUUUUGCCCAUUUAUGCCCAUCAUGCGUACCCCUGUUGCCUUUCAUCCUUGGUUAGCUAUUCGAUAAGAAUUCGCACUGAACGUGGCAAAGGUCAAGAGCGUUUCCGACUAAUACAGCAAUGAUGCUAAAUUCCUAAUGCCAACAUAACUCUACCCUUAGGCAUGGAGAACAUUCGAUUGUUUCCGAACCGUUUCUUUUAGUGCUCGAGUUAACCGACAAUAGCAGCUUCACAUCGUAUGGCGGCAUUGGUGGUGAUUUCUUCUAUAAAGAAAAUAUCUUUAUUUUUCUGAUCGUAAGUAAAGAUUGUAACGAAGCGAAUGGAAUUGAUACACAAACAUAAAGGAAUAAAGUUUCUUCUCUGAUUGUAUGUAAAGAUUCAGCAAACAAGAUUACACAAAUAGCUUUUUUGGAAAUUAGUUUUCUCUGAAGAGAUUGUAUAUUUUCUAUACCAUAUACAGCUUCACCAAAUUUUGGCUAAGACGAUCAACAAUCGCACCGUACGCUAAUGUACUCUACUGCAAUCCAAACAGUCUUUUUCAUUUAUUUCAAUGAUAAAAAUAAAUUAACUUGAUUUUUUUCAAAUAUUCGCUUGUUUUUGAAAUUGAACAUUGAAUAUGUUUUAUUGGAAUGUUUUCAUCAUAUUUCUCUUUUUUAUUUUUGUUUGCUUUUGUAAGUAAACUAAAAUUUUAAUUAAGCUUUUGAAUUAUGGAAUGCUUUCGCACAAAUAACUUCAAAUAACGAUACUGUGAUAAAGUUGAACAAAAUCUGGAUGAAUGAUAGCUACAAGAUAAAGGAAACAAUGGGAAGUACGAGAUCGAGGCGUUUGCCACAAAGGAGAGCACUUGUAUAACUGUACGAAAAACAUGACGAGCAAACUGUUUGCCAAUAGUGGAAUCAAUUACCUUUUUAUGUAAACCGGAUGAAAUGCGUAAACAGUUAAGAUACAGAUUGAAUUCGUAACAAAAAAUAAGAAAAAAAAACGACAAAACAAUAUGAAAACACAUUUGCAAAAAAAAAAAGGUUUGAAACAUUGAAAGACUCCGAAAGUCGGACAAAGCGACGAGCACGUAUUAAAGCGUAGAAAUCUACAUCAAAGCUUAUUUUAAUGCAGUAUCAUCAAUACGUAUUAGCUCGUACUUAACAUCCUGCACAGAGGAGUAUAAUUCGUCUGACGAUGAGUGUCGUGUCGUACCGUGUCAUACUGGGUUGCCAAAGCAGAUUUGUUGAAUAUUGCAUCUAACUAAUGUUGAGAUAAAAUGAAGACUAUAUUUAAAGAAAUAUAUUUUUUCACAUUAAAAUUGUAACAGUUCGGUAGCAUGAUCGUAAGGAUACGUUUCGAUUGUAAAAAAGAAUGAAACUUAUAGUGGUAUGAGAAUACAUAGGACAGCUAUAGAGAAACAUUAUAUACGAUGGAAGAAUAGGUACGGAUUUUAACUGUAAUUCCAACGAUUUGACAUAAGAGUGAGGUAAAGUUUAAUAAUGAGCGUAGCGCUAAACACGCAACACUGGAAAGAAUUUAUUGUAUGAGUCCAAGAAUACGACUAAUAAAGUUAUAGAACAUAACUACAGAUCAUUUA